AACAACUCAAGUUGUAAGCAGGUCUAAGCAGGGUUGCAUGCGACAGUUUUAGACAAGAGUUGUGUGGUGUGAAUCGGCCUUGCAAUAGAUCAAAGAAUUGUAGUUUUGAGAUAAGAAUUAGGUUUAAUAUAAGAUUAGAGAUUUAGGGUAAGUUUUAGGUGCUAAUAUAGAAAUACAAAAGAACGGAAACUCCGCAAAUAAACAUUUUACAGCCGUCAAUUUCAGCUGACUUUUCAUCGUAAGAUUCCGAACUUCGUUCCGAACUUCGCAAAUUCGUUGCCAAGUUCAAAAGUUCAUAAUGAAAUUCACAAACAGGUUUGUAAACAAAGCCUCUGAUUGGCUAUUAAAUCAAACCAGCCAAUCAAAUGCCCAGUUUACAAACCUAUUUGUGAAUUUCAUUAUGAACUUUUGAACUUGGCAACGAAUUUGCGAAGUUCGGAAUCUUACGAUGAAAAGUCAGCUGAAAUUGCCUGUAAUAGACGGGUAAACAUUGUUUUGAUUUUGCGCCCGGCGAAAUGCGUUUGCCUGCCAAUGUGCCCACACAUGCUUUUUUUUUAAUGCUAUAGUACGCUUGAGUUGUGCUGUUAUGUUGCAAGACUAUUCAAAAUUACAUCGCACCGCCCAUACUGGCAGGCAAAUUUACAUAAAACUUGUAAACAAAGUUUAUUCAUAUAGUUUUAGUCUUCAUUAGGAAUAAUCCUUGGUAGCAAAUCACUUCAAUCUUCAAUUAUAAAUAUCUAUGAAAUAUCCAUCCAAUCAUAACAAAUUACUUCCAAGAAUUUCAAUUCCGGGAACUUAUAAGAAGAUUUCUAUAAGUUAGCCAUGCAGGCAAUUGUAUUUCUAAAAGUUAUUUAUACAUAAUAGCAUGACCCCUGCUAUGCCUAGCUUGCCACGUCCUUUACACUUAAUAAAAUCCCUUUAAAUCAAUAUGGCAGCCAACACGGAAGCACUGUCUGUAGCUGAUCAAAAUGGCAUAGAGAACGCUCCAACUGAUUCUUAUGUGGAAAACGUGAAUCCUACACAUCAAACUUCGACAGAUCAAACUCCGGCAAAGAACGAUAAGAAAAAGAAACCCUACGCGAAGAGUUAUCCGCGCGUGAGCAAAGAAAAUCUUUAUAUGAUCAUAGCUCUGUGGAUGGAAGAUUUUGUCGAUGAAGCUCCAAAGGAUCACAAAAAGGUCGGGGCAGUGCUUGUGUUACCAAACGACGUAGUGUUGGCCGCAGAUUGUUCUCGAGACGGCGUCCACGCUGUAGCCAGGUUGUUGAUGAAGCACUACGAUAAAGCCAAGGGUUGUAAGAUGUUCAUGUCUCGAAAGCCGUGCCCGUUCUGUGCGAAGCUUUUGGUUCAAUCGAAAGUGGAGCGAGUCCUGUUUCUGCCGUUUGAACCGGAAUACUAUCAUGCGCCUAAACUGCUUGAACCAGAUACCGACGGCAAGACUCCCGAAGAAAUUAAGAAAAUCAAUUAUAACUUAAAUAAACCCAACCGGAGCAAAAUGAAACAAGUCGACAUGCUAUUUACCGCAAGCCCCAUUGCCCAGACACAAUUUGUCUUGCAAGUGGAGAAGGAUGUUCUUAAGCGUGCGAAGAGGGAUACCCCCAAAAAAGAUAUAGAGAUCGUAAACGACAAAAAAGAAAAAUUUAUUGAAAAGUACAGCGCUUUUGACAAGAAAUCCAAAUGGAUGGAGCAUAUUAAGGAAGACCUACCCUGGCCAGUAUUCGACAAAAAUAUAGGCAAGAAAGUUCGACGCGAUUUUAGGAAAGUCAUGAAGUGGAUUGCAAGAGUUUUAGUUAUUCCACAGUCACAGUCAAAGCCUGAAAGAGCUAGAGGGUUGAAUUUCGAUUUUGAACUUUGUGAAAUUUCCAAAGAGCAUUCCAAUGUCUUCAAUCCAGUCAAUGAGGAGACUGUGAAGCAAGUCCAGCAAGUCAAGCAAGCCAAGUACUUAAUAGAGAUAGCACGUUUUCUCGCUACGCGUACAGACGACCCGACUACUGGUGUUGGUGCAGUCAUUGUCAAUCCAGAAAUGCAAAUUCUCGCGCUUGGUUGGAAUGGCUUUCCUCUCAAAGCACAUUAUGGCGAGUUUGGAAGAGGUUCGGACAAAGAUAAAUCUGAUAAGAAAUACCCGUAUGUAAUUCAUGCCGAGCAGAAUGCCCUUUUGAUGCGAAAUAACAAAAAUAUCGAAGGCUCCAUUCUGUUUGUUACAAGGCCUCCGUGUAAUGAAUGUGCCCCCUUGAUUGCCAUGGAAGGAGUCAAAAUCGUUGUCGUAGAUAGUGAUGUAGUUACUAAAAAGUCCGAGGGAAAACCUGAGAAAAACCCUCAGGAAAAAUCUGAGGAAUCCGAAAAAGAAUCUGAAGAUUCUGAAGAAGACUCUGGAGAAGACUCUGGAGAAGACUCUGAAGAAGACUCUGAAGAAAAACCUGAAAAUCUGGAUUAUGAUAGGUUUCCAGAAAUGGUCAAAGAUGGCCAGUUCGUAUGCUACCAAACGAAAAAGCAGCUCCCAGGUGAUUCCCCUAGUGAAGAAAUAAUAGCAGAGUUGGAUUUCCAGAAGGACACUGCAAACGAAUGUGAAGAACAUAUAUUAAGUAAAUAUAUAUCACCGUUAAAUAUAGAGUCUCCCAAGAAUUCCUAGGGAUGAAAAGAACAAUGGAAAAAUUUCAAAAAGAACACAAGAACAUAGACCUUCCAUGAGACCAUAAUUAAUUGAACUAUUUGAACUUUUCAAGUAAGUCCAGAAGGAUUACUUUGCACGUAAUAGUAG